UUUGUAUAUACUAGUUGUGUAUCUUGCAAAUGAUUUUCACAUUUACUAAAUUGAGCAAGUACAUUCUACAGUGACAGGGUUAUACAGAAAUACACUUGCUGCAAUUGAUGUCAAUUCCAUUGAUGCUGGUCAAUGGGUCAAUACUACCAAGAAAUAGAAUGAGAUACAAAUUUUUUGACCUUUUAUUUUAUUGACUUGUAUUGAUACAAAUUCAUUUUAUUAAUAAACUUGAAUACUGUAUUUAGUUUUACACAUCUGAGCAAAAUGUCAUUAUAGCAAAAUAUAAAUUUUAUGUUUAUAUGCGUAACACAGACAGUCACUAGCAGUCUUUAUUAGUCAGUUGUCAGUGAUACGUUUGCGUAUUGUGUUGAGAUUAGUGUCAUUAUGCAGUUAAAUAUAUAUAAAAAUAAAAUUUAUUAUUUUUAAUGUCAUCAAAUAUAUUGUUUAUACAAAAAAUUAAAAACAAUAAAGACAAAUAAAUAAUUUAUAAUUGUCUUUAUAUAUUAUCAAAAACAAAAAAAAAAAAAAAUCAAAAUGAAUAAAAACGUUGUUCUCAAGAGUGUUCGAGUAAUUGACAUUGAAAAUUAUGAACCAAAAACAGAAACACCAGCUGACUAUGAAACAGCAAUAGCAGCAACUGGAUUUGGAUUAUUUAACAUCUUGGUAGUAUUGGCUGCAAUGCCAAUUGCGUGGGCAGGUGCUUUCAAUAUGUCAACAUCGGCCUUUAUCUUGGCUUCAAGUGAAUGCGAUUUAGAAUUAACAUUUUUACGCAAGGGUAUUCUCAACAGUAUGGUAUACUUUGGAAUGAUAAUGAGUCCAUUUUUCUGGAGUUUUAUAAUGGAACGAAUGAAUCGUAAAGCUAUUUUAAUGAUAGGACUUUUAAUGGAUGCAAUGUGCAAUAUUCUUUGCAGUAUUAUUGACUCUUAUUAUAUUUUUUUACUAUUCAAAUUUAUAUCUGGAACAAUUGUUAGUGGGCCAUACACCUUACUUGUUCCAUAUAUCAAUGAAUUUCAUUCGGUUAAUUAUCGUGCAAAAUUUACAACAUGCUCUGGACUUGUUUUUGGUAUUGGAUUUAUUAUUCCAGCUGCUUUAGCUGUUAUUGUAACACCUCAAAAUUGGACAAUUGAAAUAUUUAAUUAUGUCUUUUUAUCAUGGAGAAUAUAUCUUAUGAUAUGUACACUACCAUCAAUCAUUGGGAUUUUAACAAUGAGUUUACUUCCUGAAAGUCCAAAACGUCUUAUUGAAGAUGGAAAUACAUCAAGUGCUCAUGAUUUAUUAAAACGAAUUUAUCAAAUAAAUAAUUGGGAAUCAAAACACAUGUAUCCAAUAAAUAAAUUAAAAGAGGAUUAUUUUGAAGACAAAAAAGCACCAAGUUUUAUACCAGAAAUAUCACAAUCAUGGAAUAAUUUAAAAUCACUAUUUUCAAAACCACAUCUAGGAAUAUUUUUAUUAAUUAAUAUUCUACAUUUUGGAAGUAUGCUCGCAUUCAACACGAUGAGAUUAUGGGUGCCCCAGAUUUAUCAGAUAAUAAGUAAUUUUGAUAGUUCAACAUGGGAGUGGUCAAAAGGAUGGCCAACCACAUGUGACUAUCUGGCAAUGGCAAUCAUUCCCAAUAAAUCCAAUUCAACGAUUUAUUCAAAUCCCAAUUGUGUUCAGUGGAAAAUAAAUCCGUCAGUUUAUGUUAACUCAACUUUAAUUGCAAGCUCAGCAAUUGGUUUUUCAUUUUUAUUUGCUUUAUUUUAUACAACGAGACAACGUAAACGUGGAGUAAUGUUUUUUUGCUUUGUCAUUGGGAUACUCUGUGGUUUUGGAACAAAUUGGGGUGGCUAUGUACCCUGGAUGUUAACACAAGCUGCAAUAGUUGUUGUUACAGGGAGAACAACAGCAAAUAUAAUUAUGUCUGUUAACAACAAUAUCAUUCCACAAAACUUGAGAACUACUGCAACAACUUUUGUUACAAAUAUUGGUAGUUUUGGAAGUAUAAUAGGAAAUUUGGGUUUUUCAUGGCUUUUGGAUUUCAGUUGUUUGACUGGAUUUUUAUCAAUAGCUAUAAUUUUAUCAGUUUGUUUAUUGCUAUCAGUAUUUAUUCUUCAACCAGAAAAAAACAAGAUAAAAAAUAAAAAACAAAGUUCAACAGUACCGUGAGCUGGAUUUUUUAGAUGGAAUAAUUUUUAAAAAAUGAUUAUGACAGUUGGUUGAUGUCUGUUAUUAUCUAUUUGGUUUGUUUGUCUUAUAAAUCAACAAAACAAACAGAGGGUGAUGUUAAUUUUUUUUAUAUUUUAAGCCUUUUUUAAACAAGUUAUUAAAGACUUUAUAAAGUGUUUUUCGCCACAAGUGUGUAAACAGAAGAAAAAAAAAAAAAACAAAUUGAAAUACAAUUAAGACUGGUGGAUUCAUUCGACAUAUUUUUUUUCUAUCGGAAUUUAAAAUUCAACUUGUGUUAAAGUGAAUAGGGAUUGAAAAACUUUUAUGCUAAUUAAUUAUAGUAAUUUAAGUAGUAGGAAAAAAAGAGACUGUAGAUUUUAUGAACGAUUGAAAUUAGUAUUUGUGUAUAUAUAGUUGGUUAUUUGAACUCUUGAUAAAUGUACAAAGUACCAGAGUAUAAGAUAUAUAUAUGUUGUUUUAGAUAUCAAAUGCUUAUCUUAAUUAACAAACUUUGAUAUUGUAGUUUCUACAAUCUUGAUUGAAUUGUAAUUAAUAUUGAAAUUUAAUGAGUAUUUUAUUAAUUUUUAUGAUGCUUGCCAAGUUUUUUUUUUUAAAUACUGAAUGAAUAAUUUUUAAUUUUUAAACUUUUCAUCAAGCCAUCAUCAAAUUUCAUUAUUAAUUAAAAUUACUAAAAUUUCGUUAAUUAAAAAAAUAUGAUAAACUCUAGAUAAAUAAAAAAAAACCUCUAGGAAAAUUGAUAUAAUUAUAAAUUAAUUUAUAUUUCAAAUGAAAAAUAAAUUUAUACUCAAUCAACAAAAA